UUUUUCAGCGACAUUCCUCGUUUCCGUAUCCGUUCUCAAAGAUAAAAGACGGAACGCUCGUGUAUUAUGAGCAAAUCUUUAGAUACUUUCUGCAUUUCUGUGGCGUUCGACGCUUGAUCGCACCCCGUUUCCGACACCCCGAGAAUUUCAAUUCCACAGCGAAGAAUGCGAACGGAAGCAGGGGAGAGGAUUUGGCAAGUGCCUGGGCAACUUGUCGCGGUUUCGAGCGGCGACAUAUCGAUCGCUUGCGGCUUCGAUAGUUGGAAGUGCUCGCGAAACGCCAUCGUAUUCAUAACGAACGCGUUCGAGAUGGUGGCGUGGAUGAAACCGCAAUGAUCUUCCAACAGCUCGCGAAGAAUUCGUGAACAUAAAAACACGCAUAAAAACACGGACAACAAAUGCGGAAUCCUGGUGAGACGAAAAAGGACAGAGCCAAUUCUUCGGCGAGGAUUCUCCGAUGUGCUCAAAAUAAGCAAAUUCUUAUUUCUCUGAAAAUGCUCGGCCUACGAGAAAUAUUUUUCCGACUUUAGUCAGCAGACAAAGAAAAAACUCAUCGGUCUCCUCGUCUUCAAGGAAGCGUAGUCCUCGCGUAGAACUCUUCGUCGGAUGUCCUCAAAAACUUGAACCUCCUUCUGAGUUUCACAAAUUAUAUCUCGGAACCAGUUACGCGUAGUGUUCUCGAGGAACUUUUGCAUCGAUCGUGAAGCAAACCAGACGAACUUUCUUCCGGACGCGAAUCUUGGGGGAACUUCCUGAGAACGCGAUGCCACGAUUCGCCACUUCCUCUUUCCUUUAUCUUACCUCGUUAAAAUGCUCUUGGCUAUGAAGGAACAAUUUCCACUUUGCCCGCGAUAAAUGUGCGCUACGAAAAAAGGGAAAUCCGUAAGUCAAAUUGAAAAUUAAGGAGAUACCUGGGAGCGUUCGCGCGAGAUACGCGAGAAUGAGAUUCUUGCUCAUUCUAAUAACAUCGAACAGAGGAUUGUGAGCGACAGUGUUGUCGUUGUAAUGAAGAAGAAUGUGUGAGACUAUCGUACUUUAAAAUUCCAAGCGUGUCGGACGAUGAGAAUAGCAACCAACGUAAUGCAGCGCCGAAGAGCGGAUCUGAAUUGAAAGUGUCGUGAAAGCACCCAGAAAACGUUUUUAAACGAUUUAGUUCCGAUUGACAUCUAAUUGAAGGCGUGAUAGAGAGUUAUUAGUAUUCGUGAAGAGAGUAUUAACGAUAACGCGAAUGUGUGAGGAUUUUAUCAACGAUGUGUGAACGACAGUUGCUCUCUCGUGUAAUCAACCGCAAACUCGCGACAAAGAGGCUGGAAUGCAGGGUAUAAUCCUUCCAUUUGCGUGAAACGUAACGGGAAUAUACUUGAUACGAAUCGAUUAAUACGAUGCGCGGUACAAUGUCGAGGAACGAAAAAAAACGUCGAGUUAUGAUCGAGCGAAGCAGAACGAAAGUUUGACGGGAAUCAUCGCAAAAUCACGGCUCCAUUAGACGCACAGCAUCGUAUGACAAACCGAGGGCAAAACUUCUCUUUCCGGAACAAAACGUAUGGAACAUACAUCAUCGAGUAUCACGCUCGUGAAUUUCAGGAGCGAUAUUCAUCGUCCUCGGCGAGGAAUUGACGAGCAAAAAACCAUCUCGUCGUAAAACGGCGAGCGAAUUUCACGAUGAAACAUCAACGACCGCUUUAACAAUCGUUAAAAGGGGAUCGAAAGACGGUAUAAUGCACGGCUGAAACGACGGUGCGCUAUAAGAUUCAACGUGAAACUCUUUCGAAAGCCGGAGAUUCGUCGGAUCUUUCUUCCAGCUGAGAAAUUAGCGUAAUAAUUAACGACAACCACCCGAUCUCUCGCCUCGUUACCGUGGAAAAAAAGCGAGCUAAUAUAAAAUCAACGAUUACGCUUCCUUAAGAAGAACAAAUUACGACAGGUAUCAGCGAGAAAAAGCAUAUUUAUUAUUCUAACGAUGAAUAAGUCGCGAAGAUAAUGAAAUUUCAUCCCAUGGACAUCCGGGACAUGGUCGGAAAGUGGCUAUUGUGCAUGAAACGCGAGUGGAAGUGAGAUCUAAUUCGGAAUUAUCCGGAUCGCGCCGCUUAUCAUCUCGCAGUCUCUAACACAGACAAAGACAUACGCGGUGCUAUCACAAUAUUAUUGUCGACGACCUUACCGUCGCAAUCGGAAUCGCUGCCGGAACUAAACGAGAUGAUUCGUUACACGAGGGCACAAAUAUUAACGACGAAGUCGAUAAACGGGAAAAUGGCUUCGAAUUAACAGUUUCCGUAAUCGGAGCAGCCGCGAAGGCCGCGCACGAUACGAGCUCGUCUCUCUCAUGAAUCAAUUCUUUCGACUCGCCGCGCGGUCGUUCUCUGCGCGAUUUCCAAUUAAGAUCGACCGGACGGAAAAAUCGAUAAGAGAUUAAAAGCUCGUAUUUCCUCGGCAGCCUUCACGGAAGAUCGAUCUUGAAUAAACGAGACGAGAGGAUCGACGAUACCAGAGGAGCGAAUAUCUCUGCCACAACGAGGAGAAGCCAAUCGAUGAAUGUUCUUUGACUUAGGACACAUUCCUCUGCGACGACGUCACACCGAAGAAUUUGUAUCUUGUCUCGAUUAUAAUAGCACCACGAGAGAAUAGGACAAGUCUUGGCAUUGAAGGCCCGCUUGAGUUGAUCAACUAGUGUAUGCGCGGUAGCCCAAAAUAUGUAAGUUAUUCGAAGAAAAACGAUAGUCUUCUUCAUCCUCUAUCCGAUAAUUUCGUCUAUUUAAACCUUCGCCCUUUAAAUCAAACAUCGUAGAAACUUCGAGACCAUUCGAGUAUCUUGGCAAUACACUAAUACUUUUGGAAAGAAACGGACGAAUAAAUUCAAUAACAACAUUCAAUGACAACAUUCGAUGCCGAGUCUCCUUACAAGCUACUGCUGUCAGAAGUUACCACCAAUCACUGGGAAAUCAACACAACUCGAGGGGCGAAAGAAAAGUGACACAACGCAAACAUUCGAAGAGAGAGAGAUAUAUAAAAGUUGCGUGGAAAAUUCAGUUUUCUUGAAAAGAAGUUAAAAAGCUUCCCUAAACAAACGGAAAGAUGAGUAAAUGGCGAUAGUUGAAUUGCAGUAGGAAAACGAAGAAGAGUGAAGAGAAGUUUCGUGGUGGCGUUCAGCUUAAGUAAGUGACGAAACGAAAGGGAAAGAGAAAGAAAGAGAGAGAGAGAGAAAUUCUCUCGCGAUUCCGUCGCUAUGCAGAACUUUGCAGAUGAGUACUUGACAUACAAUGCCACGUCAUACCCUUGGAACGUGACGACACUAUGGUAUGACAAUGACACCUACAUUCACAAUGGCACUAACUACACGGAACUGGAACCGCGCAAUCAAUUUGUGCUGCCAUGGUGGCGGCAGAUGAUCUGGACGCUCCUGUUCGCCGGCAUGAUCGCAGUGGCAACCGGUGGCAAUCUGAUAGUGAUAUGGAUCGUGCUAGCGCAUAGACGGAUGCGCACCGUCACCAACUAUUUCCUAGUAAAUCUCAGCAUCGCGGACGCGAUGGUAUCCACUUUGAAUGUCACCUUCAACUACACCUACAUGCUCAACAGCCAUUGGCCGUUCGGUAUGCUCUACUGCAAGAUCUGUCAGUUCAUCGCGGUCCUCACUAUCUGUGCCAGCGUCUUUACUCUGAUGGCGAUAUCUAUCGACCGGUACAUGGCCAUCGUAAAUCCUUUGAGACCACGUAUGGGAAAAAAGGCAACGUUGUGCGUUGCAAUCGUUAUUUGGAUCGUCGGGGCAAUACUUUCUUUACCAAUGCUGGUUUUCUACACUACUUACACCCAGAACUUUAUGAAUGGCGAAGUCCGCGUCAUCUGCUACAGCGAUUGGCCAAACAGAGAUGAUAAUGGACUUAGUUACGACGAAUAUUUAUACAACGUUAUUUUUAUGAUACUGACGUACUUUUUACCAAUCGGAUCCAUGACAUUCACCUAUGCCAGAGUUGGUCUGGAAUUGUGGGGCUCGCAGAGCAUCGGCGAAGCCACAGCCAGACAGCUCGAGAACAUUCGAAGCAAACGAAGGGUCGUAAAAAUGAUGAUAGUCGUAGUAGUAAUAUUCGCAGUAUGUUGGCUUCCGUUUCAUGUGUACUUCAUAGUGACGUCCUAUCUGCCAGAGAUUACAAAUGAACCAUAUAUCCAGGAGGUUUUUCUGGGCAUUUAUUGGUUGGCAAUGUCCAAUAGCAUGUACAAUCCGAUAAUUUAUUGUUGGAUGAAUACCAGAUUUCGCCGUGGCUUCGCCCAGUUCUUUUUUUGGUGCCCAUGGGUACGGAUAACGACGGAACCGUCCCUAUCACGUUCGGAGGCUGUGACAUCCCGUUAUAGCUGUACCGGUAGCCCGGACAUGCAUACCAGGAUAUCGCGGAACGGCACGGUGCGCCUGCCGCUGCACCUGCAAUCAAUGAGAGGCGGAAACGACCGGCUGUUGGCUCAUCAUCGAGGUCAUGGCAGAAAGUGGAGGACCUCGCAGACCAGAGGACACGUGUCCUGACAGGAGGAGGAAAAUUCUCAGCAACAACGAGUACAUACCUGGAUAUAAGAAACUAUUUCUUUUCCUCUCUGUGUGCGCGAUCCGCUGAAUCACAGUUGCGGUUCAUAUCUCGAAAGGAGCGACAUUUCUUGCAGCUGUCAACUAGUUAUUCUGUAACACACCAAAGAUAAUGUUAUUUUACUUCGAAAACUUUAACUCAGUUUUUGUCUGAUCAUCGCUAAGUGUGAUAUCUAUGUUAUACUAUGUAUUGUACAAAGCGUAUAAUUCAAAAACUGUAAUUCUGUUGACAUCAUAUUGAAUUAUCUCGCUACUAACGUAUCAUAAGUCAUAAUCACGUAAAGAAGAUGGACGGACCAAUAUUGCAGUUUCCAUAACAUCAAUACACAGUGUUUUUCAAAAACAAAAAUAUAUGAUUCGCGAAUAAUCAGUGUUAAGAGAGUGUAAUGUUAAAUUUAAAAAAUAACGGUUUAUAAUGUAUAACGUACAUUACGUAAUUGUCGUGUUCCUAUGUGUUAAUUAUUCUGAAAAAGUGAAGAAUUUCAAGGUAAUGCUCGGUAUAAGACUUAAUCUUGUUGAAAGAUAGGCACUUCUCUUCAAUCCAUAAGCUUAAGAAUAAAGAUAUAAAAAUUUCACAUAUAUUUUACACUAACAAUAAGUGAAAAAUCAAACAUGGAAACUUUUAUUUAAAAUUAUAUAUGUAUCUUCAUAAUCAAAAUUGCAGUGAAUUGAAACUUUUUGCUAAUAAAUCAAAUAUUGUAAAUUAUGUGAAUAUGCACACUAAAUGUGGUUGUGAACACGUAAGUAAUCUGUAGGUAAUCAGCAAAACUCUCUUCUCAUACUCUUCUCAAAUAUUACUUUUUAUUUGCAAAAAUCUUUCCCUCAAUUUCAAUCGCUUUCCUCAUUCAUGAAAUAAAUUUGAAAAUAGUACAUUUUUCUAUUUAGAUAUUUUGAUAUUGUAAAGCCUGUCUCUAAAAUUUUUAGAGACAAGCUUUACGAAGGCUUUACGACAGGCUUACGAUAAACUUUA